AUGGGCUCUUGUAAACACAAGUGCAAACUUAGGUGCUCUGAAGCUAAAAAGCCGCAUUGCAUGAAGGACUGCCAUCACUGCUGCAAGAAAUGCCACUGUGUGCCUUCGGGGAAGUCUGGGAACACAGAUGAGUGCCCAUGCUACAGAAACGAAAAGAACAAAAGGGGCGAGCCAAGGUGCCCUUAA